UAAUGGUGAGUUUUAGAAUAAUAUCAAAAAUGUGUGUAUUAUUUAAAAAAAAAAAAUCCAUUUUUUACAUAUUUCUGCAAUCAUCCAAAUUUUCUUAAAUAAUAGAAAUCAAUACUUAAAAUCCAUCAACAUCCUAUGCACUUAUAUCAUAGAAUUUGCCAUUCCAUCUUUUCCCUUUUCACCUUUUCACUUUCAAAAGAAAAUAAAAAAAAAAGUUAUUUCAUUUUCAGCUGGAUCAAUUCAGAUUCUUCCACAUACAACGAUAUACAUAAUCAUGGUCAUAAUAGUUCAGAAAAAAGGAAUACGAUUCCCACAGUCCGGUUGACACAUCCACCGUGUCAUCCUGCACUUAUGUAUACCUGGUUCGCCACGCAGGUGAUCUGCAAUACCAGAAGAUUCAGUUUUCAGCUAUGUUACGAAAUUCUCGAUCACUUAUACACUCCCACGGUUGGAUUUUCAUCUAUUCAAAUAUGGACGAUUCUUGGCGCAACGAUCAACGUGCAUUCCGAAAGGAUUUCCCAGGUCGAGCCAGGUAACACGAUCGGAAUCGAUAUUUGAAUGGACGUUUACAUAAGAGGCCACGCAUCUCUUCGUUUACCUGAGAAUGGUAAAGGGUUACGCCAAUCUUUUAUUAAAUCUUCACCCCCAUGAAAUGGAGAUUGUGAUGGAUAGAUCUUCUCUGGUGUAGUGACAGUCCUAUUAUUUGGAAUUCAAUAAUGAAU